AUGCUUGAAAUCCCGCCUCCUCCGCCCCCAAAACCACGCAUCGUCCUCCCGUGGUCCGAGUAUGACCCUGGUUUGCUCAACGGAGAUGGCGUUGCCGUCCGCAAGUGUAGCAUCGACUUCCUUGCCUCCCUUUACAAGACGUUCUUGGACACUUACCGUCCAGAUGAAGUCAAUCUCUCUCCAGAGGAGGCAGAACGCCUGACUGAAAGCGUCCGCCAAGAGCUGACCAGGCUUACCAAUUAUCCGGAUCUUUUCCCUACACCAACUGCCCAGGAACGCUUUUUCAAAAUCCUACAGGAGAGUGUUGCUAAAGUGGUCAAGAAACGUGAAGAUAAAGAGAGCGAGUCCAUUGAGGAGAGCAUUCGUCUACGUGCAAAUCUUAUUGCUAGAGAUGAAGAACAAAUCCUGCAGAGCAUUAACCGCCCUUCGUUCAAGCCCGAGUUGAAGCCUUGGGAGCAGUUCCUCUUGAAAGGCAGCCCAGGCAGUGGCGUUGCGCUCUCCGAAGAUCCUCCAAAUGGAUAUGUGCAGAUGAUGCCAAUGGGUGGAUUGGCUCUCCAUAGGAUGUGGUUGAAAAACACAUACAUCGAAACCAGACGUUACAGAGAAGAAGUAGCAAAUGGCUCGGAGCCUGCCUCCGACGAGCAUUUCGCUCAGAGAACUCCUGAGCGCCGCAUGGCAACCCCCAAACAUAAUCGUGUCAUUGAUCGAUUAGAAAGCUUCAAUGAUAUAAUUGCACGCCUUGAAGGAGACGAUGUGAUCAACGCCCACGGGGAGGAGAGUGUGAGGGUCAUGCUGUACCGUACAACUGUGGAGGAUGCUCCAGACGCUGCUGAAUAG